GUCAUCGGCGCGCGACGAGGCAGUGGCCGCGGAGAGACAUGAGCGGGCUGGGCGUCCUUUUCCGUGCGGCUCGCGCCGCUCUCCCCGCCGGGGUCCGGCAGCUCCGUACCGGCCUCCCUCGGCCUGCAUUCGCCAAAGAGCUUUUCCUGGGGACGCUGCGAAAGGUGAGUCCCGUAGCUGCCGCAGCCCGCAGCGCCUCCGAGGCUCCUGCGUGUUUUCUCACAGACUCGGGAGCCUCCCACCCCAGGCACCCUCUCCCCGAAAGCCAGUGGGCGCCUGGCAUCUUUCCUCCCCUGCCGCCCUCUCUGAGGCUGCCAAGAACUGCUGCAGCUGCUGCUGCUUUUCUCUUGGAAAAUGCACACUUUCCCCGCCGCCCCACACGCACUGCACCCUCUGGAAAUCGCAGCCUGGACUUCAGCAUGGCAUGUAUUUCAGUACAAAAACUUGCUACUUCAAAGGUUGGGAAAGUUUGACGGGAAGUUCCCUUUCCAUUAAGGCUUUGCACUUUCUCCGUUUGUUGAUGCUUCCCCCACCCCCCAAUAAACCUGAUUAUUCUUAAGCGGGGCUGUAAGCGAUCAUUGACAGCAUCCUCAUGUUCGAUAGGAGAGCUGGGGGUUUUUUGUGUAUGCUUGGUGGGAAGGUUUGGGGUAGGUUAUGCUCUGUUAAGCUUUUUUUUUUUUUAAAAAAAAAGUCUGAACAGAAAAUGCAUUUUCUACCCUUAUGAUUUGUAGCACCCAUUCUGCACGACAGCUUCUUAAAGUUGUGGGUAAGUAUUUCUCUCCCACACCCCUUUAAUUGGACUACAGUAUUUUAUCAUGCGAGACAAUACUCUUUUUGAGGUUUUAGGCAGCUAGUGUAUGGAACCAGCAAAUUCUUUUUGGAGCUGCCUGAAGUGGGGGGGGGGGGAGAGACUUCUGGUAACCACAGUUGGUGGGAUCAGUCUAAAGAACUUCUAACCAAAUUCAUUUCACUUCAGCCAGCAAACCCAACUACGUAAAGCUAAAUAAAAAUCUCGGAGCUCCUAGAACAUCCUUGGGAUUUGGAAGAUACAUUUCAUAUAAUUAGGUAGCCAUAAUUACUACUAUAUCUUGGAGCCUCAUAACUGAAAGUGAAUACAUUACACUGCAAAUCAAAAUGUAUAGAGCAUAUUCUGCCAUAUCAAUGCUAAGUAAUGAUUUGGAUAUUUUUUCUGGAUGUAAAGAGCAAAUUCAGAGUGCCUUUUCUUAGCAGUGUUUAUGGUUUCUAUAUUUUUGGCAACCACAGCUGUCAUCCUGAACUUACCUUUAAGCAAUAUCCAUUGACUCCAUGGACUUCCAAAACAAACCUGUUUAGCAUUGCAGUAAAGGUAUGUUUAAAAGCUUAAUGGAGAAUUGUGAUGCCAUUAGAGUGUUGUGUUCACCUUGUUCAGCAGUUUUCCAGCUGGGAAGAGAACAGGUCUUUCUGGAUUCCAAAAAAGUGUCUGUAUUCAUACUACAGCUAAGGUCCUUGUUCCAGCAUGGGGGAAAGGGAGGCAGGAUUUCCUCUUCCUUCACAGCUGCCUGCACAGAACUCCCAAGCACUUCAAAUUCCCCAAAUUUGGAAGACACAAGAACAGUUCAUAUGGAAACUUGUGGGAAGGGGAUAAUGCACACAACCACUUUUUAAGAUGCUGUGGAGGCGAAUUCCAAAAUUGCGUUUGAGUGCUGGUGUUCACUGACCUGUCAAAGUUCUGGGGGUUGAGCAUCACAGAAGGAGAAACUGAAGAAAACUCAAAUGCACUUCUGAAUUGUUGACAUAAAGGCCCAUAAGUGACCAUUCUCCUAAUUAAAAUGUAUGUGUAAUGUCUGCAAAGGUUAACUGCCAUCUGUCCCCAUAAGGAGCAAUGUUAAGUCCAGUUUUUGAGGCUUCUCUCUUUUUAACUUGUUUUAAUAUAAAAAGAAAAAUCCUGUCAAAAUCUGUUAUUCUAGGAAGACGUUUUCCCAUUUCCUGAGAUUAGCAAUGAAGAAUUGGAAGAAAUCAACCAAUUUGUGGGGCCGGUAGAAAAAUUCUUCAAUGAAGAUGGUAAACUCCUCCCCGCUUCAUUAAGUCUUUAUCUGUUGAGGUUUUUCUUAUAGUGCUAACAAAAAAGCACUGAGAAAUACAUGGUGUUGCUUACCCAUAUAUACUUUCCACAUACGAGGAAAUCAGCAUGUAUUUUGAAACAGAGAUAUUGUACUACUGAUUUAAACAGCUACCAAGUAUCUUAUUUUAAAAUAUUUUCUUGUCCACUGCUGUGUUGUUGAGAAUUCUCUGGCUGUAAUGGAGGGAGAUUAUGCACUGCAUUAUCUUGAUGUGAUACAGCUGGUUGUGAAAAUAAUUUGAAAAACCUGCUCAAAUUGGGUGGUCUGGCAAAAGUGAUCUCUCAGCUUUGUUGUUGGAUAUAUAGCUAGCCCCUCUCUCUCAGUGGACGAGCAGAAAAAACUGACCUGUGGGAAGCUUAAGUUCUUGCAAGAAAAAAAUAAUAGACAGUAUGCCUUAAACGUCUCAUUUGUGGUUGUUGGUAUUCACACUGAUCUAACUCCAUAAAUAAGCUUUCACUAAAUGAGCUGGCCACACCUGAACUUUCUGUAAUUCAUUAUAUAAAAUUACUGCAUUUCAGUGGAUUCUAAGAAAAUUGACCAAGAUGCUAAAAUUCCACAAGAAACGCUUAAUGAACUGAAGAACCUGGGGCUCUUUGGCAUGCAGAUUCCGGAGGAAUAUGGUGAGAAAAAAUGUACAGAAAAUUGAGACUUUGCUCCUUGUUCUUUUAAUAUGAGAGAACCCUUGAAAAUUUUCUUCUGCUUGCUUUAUUAGUGUUACUGGACUUGAUACAUUAUAAGACACACACUCAUCCUCUGCACGUUAAAGCAGGGCAGUACCUGGAUGGCUGAACCUCCUGGUAUCUUUUCUCUUCCUUCUUGAAGCAUUAUAAAAUUCAUAAUAAAGCCAACCCUAAUUUAUUUCUGUGAUGGCAUGAUUUCCUUGCACACUCAAACAUGUUAUAUAAGCAUGUUCUAGCAAAGGUAUUGCAUUACCAACCUUGUUUUUUUAAGAUUUAUUUUUUCAAAACAAAUCAUGAAUCCUAUAUGUUGCAAAUCUCUGAAUGCUAUUACUGUGUAGUAAAGUAUUUUCAUUUGAAGAAAACAGUGUUGUUUUUUGCCUUUAGUUAAUCAUCAUAGGCUCUUCUAUUUGCUCUUUCUUCUUGCAUAAUGAAGCAGUGGCUGAUAACUUAAGCAGCUGAUUGCAGGAUGUGGGGCUGGCAUCCCCUCAGAAGAUUCAUGAAAUGCAUAGUCAUAAACACAGUUGGUCUGCGCUGCUGCUAUAGAAUGAGAGUGAGUCUUAUAAGUACUUUAACAAAACACAACAGAGCAACAUUUUGACAAAAGCUGACCAUGGUGUUUCUCUGUUGUGACCUUUGCAAGAAAUGUGAUUCAGUACAUUUUAUAAAUAAAUGCUAUAGGAAACUCUAACCAGGGAUCAGUCCCUUGACUUUUCCUUUAUAUUUAUAAACACCCGGUUUUCUAGUUCAAAGCAGCCAAAGCUGUUAUACCUGUGUACACCUGGCAGUGUAAGUUAAAGCUGUAUACACCUUGCUAUUUCAGUGUUGUGCUUUUAUGAACAAUCAUCAGUUGCUGAAGGCUACUCUGAUGCUGACUGGUAGCCCAUGCUGGCAACAAGUUUGAUAUUGUUGCAUGUCACCCCGAUCGCUGAGCAGUGUGAGAUUCCAGGGGUCCGUGUUUCCUUUUGGAAAUGAGUCACAGCGGAGACUGUAGUGUUUUUAUGAUAUAUGGUUUAUUUACACAGAUAUACAACCUGAGCCUGCAAUGGAGGGGUUCACAGCAUUAACACCCCAAAAGGGUCUUGUUUCUCCCAUAGCCACAGCCUUAGAUUCGAGCAGAGAUCCAGCAUCUCUCUCUCUCUCUGUCUCUCUCUCUCCUUGCCACUUUGAUUCACAUCACUGCCCACUCAGUUCUCAGCCCUGAGUUGUUGUUGUUGUUGUUUUUGAGGAGGGAGCUCCACCCAAUUGCCAUCUUGCACAAAUGCCCUUAAUCCCUCAUGACAUCACCAGGAACCUUGUUUGGCUAUAUCCUGAAAUUAGAAGCCUUGAAUAGCUUUUAACAGUUGCUGGGGUCAGAGAUUAGGGAAGUCCGGCACACAGCUUAACACCACAAACUCAUAACAAUAGGCUCCAAGUCAGAAAAGUGCUUUUUAUAUGGGAAAGUUGCAGUUUCCAACCAGCCCUUCCCAGAACUUUUCCCCAAACAUUUCCCCCCAAAAUUCUAAUACUUAAACUAAUAAAGGUAAAGGUACCCCUGCCCGUACGGGCCAGUCUUGACAGACUCUAGGGUUGUGCGCCCAUCUCACUUAAGAGGCCGGGGGCCAGCACUGUCCGCAGACACUUCCGGGUCACGUGGCCAGCGUGACAAGCUGCAGCUGGCGAGCCAGCGCAGCACACGGAAACGCCGUUUACCUUCCCGCUAUAAAGCGGUACCUAUUUAUCUACUUGCACCCGGAGGUGCUUUCGAACUGCUAGGUGGGCAGGAGCUGGGACCGAAAGACGGGAGCUCACCCCGCUGCGGGGAUUCGAACCGCCAACCAUGCGAUCGGCAAGUCCUAGGCGCUGAGGUUUUACCCACAGCGCCACCCGCGUCCCACUUAAACUAAUAGAUAUUAAGAAUUUCAGGGAGCUUUGGAGAAAGGGCUGUAGUUCAGUGGUAGAGCAGGUGCUUUGCAUGCAGAAGAAUCUAGGUUCAUUCUCCAGCAUCUCCAGUAGAAACGCCUGCCUGAAACCCUGGAGGGUCACUGCCAGUCAGUGACGACAGUACUGAUCUAGAUGGACUAUUUGUUACAAGAAAAGUGUUUAAGUAAAAUAUUGUUUGGUUUGACUAAAAAUAUUUUUCUAUAGGUGGCCUUGGUCUUUCGAAUACAAUGUAUGCUCGUUUAGGAGAAAUUACUUCUCAGGAUGGAGCUAUUGCAGUAACCUUGGCAGCUCACCAAGCUAUAGGACUGAAGGUAACAUUGCCUUUAUUAUUGGAUUUUGAUCCUAAGGCACUGCAGUUUUGACAUUUCAUUGCUAAUUGGGCAUUUCCCCCCAGCAUGUACAAAUAAUGUCUCUCCUGUCACGGCAGGGAGACGAUGAAGAAAUACAAAAUAAGAUUUAUGGCUAAGAUACCUUUAAGCGAAACAUUUGUGAAGGAUGAGUAAUAAAGAACAGGAUUGUUAGUUCAAUUUUAGAACCAUUCAGAGGAGUUUGUGUAAAUAUAUGCUGGAGCUGAAAGUUGUGGAACUACAACAAAAGUAAAUAGAUAGGCUCAGUUCUGUUGGACUACAUUUAAGAUGAGAUAUCUGAAAAAUGGAUUAACUGUUCUAGCUAUUUGGGAAAUUCAAAUUUCUGUUAGUGUGAAUUUGGUUGUGAUUAAUAAGUCUGGCUAAAUAGUGGUCUAAAACAUCUAUGACCUUCUUUGUGGCCAGCCAUGGAUGGCCCAUCCCCCUCUUACCAAAACUGGUCCCAUGCUAACAAUUCUGAUGGCUAGUCCUCCUCAUGUAUCUUCCUCCCCAUAUAAGUUGCAUUUGCUGCAGCCCACCAAAAAGCUGCAGGGGAGACUGACUUUCCAGCACCAGUCAAUGGGGAAAUGUGUGAUGGGAUUGCAAAGAUCUCAUUGUGCACCUCCCCACUUCUGUCUCUAGUGGGGCAAGGAGGGAUAGUGUGCAGCCCACCAUCAGAUGUGGUCUUCAGGGCCAAAAAGUUCAUAUACCCCUGUUUUAAACAAAUAAACGGCUUGGUUUCAAGAAUUAAUUAGCAGUCUGCUUGUGUAUGUGUGUGUAGAGCCAGUGUGGUGUAGUGGUUAAGUGCAGUUGACUCGUAAUCUGGUGAACUGGGUUUGAUUCCCUUCUCCACAUGCAGCUGCUGGGUGACCUUGGGCUAGUCACACUUCUUUGAAGUCUCUCAGCCUCACUCACCUUACAGAGUGUUUGUUGUGGGGGAGGAAGGGAAAAGAAGAUUGUUAGCCACUUUAAGACUCCUUAGAGUAGUGAUAAAGGGGGAUAUCAAAUCCAAGCUGCUCUUCUUCUUCUUAUGACAGGGAAUCCUAAUUGCAGGCACUGAAGAACAGAAGAAAAAGUAUCUGCCUAAACUGGCUUCAGGGGAGCACAUUGCAGCAUUUUGUCUGACUGAACCUGGAAGGUAGUAUUUUUGCCUUUUUAAAAAUGAAAAUACUUUAAGAGAUGGUGCCGUGAAGCCACUGAGAAAUUGAAUUAGGAAUUGGCAAAACUCUGGUUUAGAAUUUCUCUCUCCUUCUGCCAUAAAUUUACAUGAUGGCUGUCAAGCCAUUCUUGGCUCAUGAUCUUCAUUAUGGGAUUAACACUGACUUGCUUUACAGGAUUCUUGUAAGGAUUACAGCAAAAAAAGUGUGUCUGAAGUUGUGAAAGGUCUGAAGCACUAUAUAAAUGCUAAGUGUUACUUGAAACAAGAUCUGUUUUCGCUUUGUACUGUCAUAUACCAGCUUGCUUAACUUAAUUACAUUCGUGGAGCUUGACAUCAAAUGAUACCCAACUGUUGCCCUGUGCAGCUGUUGUUUCCAGAGGCAAUUUAACAGUGUUUAGGAAGUCGGAAUGAUGGGAAUAUUUCUAUUUUUCAGGUGUAAGGACUACAGAGUCUUGCUCAGUGCACCUGCUAAAUUCCCAUUUCAUCUGUUUAUAUUUCAGUGGUAGUGAUGCUGCAUCCAUCCAGAGCAGAGCUACUUUGAGCGAAGAUGGAAAAAGUUUCAUAUUAAAUGGUUCAAAGGUAUUCAUCCAAAGAAAUUACUGCUUUUAUGUUUUCUGUGUAUCGGCUUUGCCAACUAUCUUCUUCGUUUCCCUGCCUUAUUUACUUGUGUGCAAAGUGAAAGUUAGCUGAACAAGAUUCAUAGGCAAUGAAAACUGGCCUGGUUGCGAUAAUAAUUGGAUUGCCUUGAACCGUAAGUUAACCUGAAGUCUUUUUUUUCCAGCUCUGUGUUGAACCUUAGCUGACAAUUCCCAAGUGGAAAGAUCCAAAAUCAAAGGAUAUGUCUUAAAAUGGACAGUAAUAUUUGUCAAGAAAAGGGUGGCUGUGUCAGCCGAUUCUACUUCAUGAAAUCAGUAUCAUUUCUUUCAAAGCAGAGCAAACAAUACUCAUUUCUUUUUUCAAUUGCAGAUAUGGAUAUCAAAUGGUGGUAUUGCAGAUAUCUUUACUGUGUUCGCAAGGACUGAGAUCGUUGACAAAGAUGGUGCAGUAAAAGACAAAAUCACUGCCUUCAUUGUAGAAAGAGCUUUCGGUGGAGUCACUCAUGGAAAGCCAGAGGAUAAACUAGGCAUUCGAGGAUCUAACAGUAAGAACUAGUAAAUGUUGGUUUGGAAAGAUGUAGGAUUCAUAUUCCUCUUGGAUCAAGAGGAAUCCAGAUUUUUAUAUCAUCUGCAUUAUCUUAAGUAUCUGGGAUAAGCUACAUUUUAGUUGUUGACCAGAUAAAAUGUAUGUUUACUGAUCAUUAAGUAUUUGUGGGCGUGGAUCUUAUGUUGAUGCCACUUUGUAUAUCAAAGAUGACGUGGGUUCCAAGAAGUUAGAAAUCCUCAAAUGGACAGGCUCCUCCAUGUGGGUAGUAGCACCAGACCCCAAGAGGCAUUUGGAAAUCAGGGACAGACUGUCCCAAAAUGCCUCGGGCAGUCUUGAGCUGAAAAACGAAAUCAGGAGACAUCCACAGGAUGGGUGACUUAGAUUUCCUUCACAUAGGGUGCGUAAACAUGUGUUACAACUGGUGGUGUGGAGCAGAUUUUUUUCUGAUGCAAACUGAUAAUUUUCCUUUGCAAAUUUCCCUGUAGUCUAAUUAGAAUAGGAUUCUCCCCUCAAGAAAUUUUCCCAUUCAGAAUUUUUCAGAAAACCAACAUCACUGAUAACAACAAAGAGGCAAAAUAUCUUGACAUGCUAAAUGAUUGUUCUAGAACAGUGGGUCAUGGAAUUGGCUAGAGGGGAGGAAACCCUAGACUUCUAAAAUAGUGCAAUAGUAGUUUAAUGCCCUGUCUUUCAGCGUGUGAAGUCCAUUUUGAAAAUACAAAAAUUCCUAAAGAGAAUGUCAUUGGAGAAGUUGGAGGGGGAUUUAAGGUAAGAUGCAGGGAAUUACUAUUUACCCUGCCAUAAAAUUCAUUUUCUGUAUCAUUUUUCAAAAUGUAUUUUAUUGAUUUUCAGUUACAAAUGAAUUGGUUAUAAAAAGAGAGAGAAAAUAUCAGCAAUAAUAACAACAGGUAGCAGUACAGAGCUAUCACAAAAAAGGGGAAAUAUAACUGAAGCAAUAAAUAAUGAUAAUAAUUCACAGUACUGUAAUAAAUAAUAAUUCACAAUAAAAUAAAUAAUAAUUCACAAUUCACAGUACUGUAUUGACUUCUGACCUAAUUAAUUUCUGCUGGAACAGAUCAAUGAACUGAAGCCAGUUGGAGGUGUUGUCAGGCUGUAAUUCAACAGCUCUUUACUCUCCAUUGUUUUUGGAGAAAUUCUAAUGUACAGUUAUUAGGGUUAUUUAUUGUAGUUAAAGUUUACAGAUCCAAAAAACCCCACAGUGUCCUUGAAUUCCCCAUGUUAGUUUUACAAGAGGGUUUGUUUAUUCAGUUAGCCAUGGACUGUUAAUAAGGAAUGGUGUUUAUCCAUGCAUCAGGUUGAAGCUGUAAAGCUACGAAGAGAGACCUUGCCAGUAGCUUAUUUCAGCUUUGUGGCACAGGCUUGCCAGAGCCUAAGCCUGUUUUGGAAGAAUCAGGACUAAAUUAUCUUUGCAUUUCAGCAUUUCUCAUGUUUUACCUGUUUUAAGUCGAUGUCAAACGAAGGGCGAUGCUCCAAGGUUAGGGCAGUGAUUGCACAGGGAGGUAUCCUUCUAAGAUACCGUGAUAUGCUCUAUAUAGCAGGGGCAGACAUCCAGCUAAAAGGCCAGAAUUGAUGUGGGCAGGGUCUCGAGUAAAGGUAAACUUCGUUUGUGGAGGAAAGACAUUUUAAUUACAGUUUCCCUGAACAAGGGUUACUUAUAUUCACUGUAGGUUGCUAUGAAUAUUCUCAACAGCGGAAGAUUUAGCAUGGGCAGCGGAGCUGCUGGAAUGCUGAAGAAACUGAUUGGUAAGACUACACUUGCUGCCUUGCUGGGCAGGAUGAAUUUCUGCAUUAGUUCUACUCCUGAAGAAGAUACUUAGAUUCUGUGCCGGCCAUUUCAUUUUUAUAAACAUUAGGUUCAGUUACUAAAUCGUUUCUAUAAUGUUGCCUUGAGAUACAAUGAAAGCCUGUUGAUCCACAGUAUUUUCUUUUUUGUAGUAGAUACUACAUGCUGAUUUUAGUGCCACCCCAAGUUCAGAUCUCCCCACAGCCAUGGAACUCGUUAGGGACCCCUUUGACCUCACUGGGUUGCUGAAGAUAAAGUCAGUGUUGUGAGGGAAAAGCUUAUGUAUGCUGCUGAAAAAGCAAUAAAUGAAAGCGUGCAAAUUUAUGCUUGGUUAUGUCACCUUUGUUACAACGUUCCAGGCCUUACUAGCCUGCAGAAAGUUUGACUUGCCUGCUUUUUAUUCAUGAAAGGACUCUGUUAUAAAUAAAAUGCAGUUGAGUAAAAUAAAAAAUUAGAGUAGAAGGAAGGCCAUUUCCACCAUAGGACUUUAUCCUCCUCCCCGCCCCCCUGCAACAGCUAGCAGCCUAAGAAGGCUCCCUUUUCCUCCUUUUGUUAUUGCUGUGCCCAAGCCAGCUCUAGCACAUCUCCCCAGGUGCUACUGGAUCUGCCUUGGACAAUGCUUGCAGAAAACCUGAUUGAUUGGGUUGGCAAUUUAGGGAUAGAGGGCUGCGAUUGACUAUCAGGUUCACUGUUCCUAAAUGGUAUCUAUGGGGAGUAAGGACCUGUCAGAUUUACAAUCUGAUUUACAAUUUACAAGCAACUAUGCUGUGUAUAUGUUGAUGUUUCCAUAAGUGAACGCUAAAAUAUGAAACUGAUUAAAAUUUGUAAUCAUGUGAUAGGCACAUACCAGGGGAAAUGAAUUGGCGGCUGCUUCCUGGUGUGUACCACUGUAUGUUACAAAAACACAUCUCUCCUUUGAAUUUUGUAGUGCUUGUGGUGGCAAACACCAGUAUAUGUACAUAUUCACUUGCCAUAGAAUCUGUAUCUGAUUGAUCUUUACUUCCCAUAGGUGAAUACUUAGGAAUAGAUUAUACUCUCUUCCUGCCAAGGCAGGAGUCGGGAACAGGUCAGGAAUAACUCACAAGGUGUCAGUGAAGUUAAUUCAGGCCUAGUUAGCACAGAAACUCUUCCUGGUAGAUCUUGCCCCAGUGAGGCAGUUGCAAGGACUGAAGAUCCCUGCCUUCCCACAGCUCCCUAAGUCUCCUCCUCCUCUUCCAAGUCUUUCCUAAGCAACCUGAGACUUCUUCGCUUUGUCUGUCUUUGCUUUGCCCUCUUCAUACCUCUGUGGGUUCUGGAAGAUUGGGGGGCGGGCUGGUCACAGCAAGAUGGGGAGACACCCUGGCUUCUUCAGCAGCCUAUCUCAACUCUGCUUCUUGGCCAGCCUCUGGUCCUGCCUCUGAUUAUGGACUGCUCUCUGCCACAGCCUCUUCCUGCUCACUAAACAUCUUCAGCUUCUGACACCUCCUUCUCCCAGUCUGUUCCCUCUGACCACUCAUUGUUGUCCCACCACCAGUCCCCUGGCUCUAAGCCUUCUUCCCUUGGGAUUCCCCAGUUGGUGCCUCCCAUCAGUCCUGCAUCCAGCCAAUCCAUGACACUUCCUACUUCUGAAUAUUCCUCCAUUCCCUUAGAAGUGCAUUAUAAAUGCUAACAGUGUAGCACAAGACAAAACUGACUGCAGCUUCAGAGCUGAUGGUGUUUUACUCGACCCAAGGAAAUGUUUUCGCCUAGUAGUAAGAGCUGCUACGCCAAGUACAGGAUUACAAAAUAUCUCGAUGAUGGUGUAACACCACCAAGGGUAGAUGGAAUGGCUGUUAUCGUUAUCUGAUGUAGUAGGACUUGUCCAUUUUAAUAAUUAAAAUAAUGGUAAAGGGCCUUGUCCCAUUCUGAAGAUAAAUAUUUCAGCAACUGUUACAUUUUUCAGAAGCAGUCGUAAUAUUUUGCCGCCUGAUUAACUGCCUCUUCCUCUCACUUUUUUUUUAAAGAAAUGACAGCAGAGUAUGCUUGUACAAGGAAACAGUUUAAUAAGAAGCUGAGUGAAUUCGGAUUAAUUCAGGUAACUGAAACACAUUAAGGGUUUGAGGAAUUCAUGGGGAAAGUUUGAUCUUUUUAAAAAACUGAAUGGAAAGCUUUCCACCUUCUGGAGUGCCAAUUUUAAAUGAUAUAGCCUAUGCACUUGGUGAGUCAUGAAUUUAGAAAGAAUAAUGUGCCGGUUGCCAAAUGUAUUAAACUUAAUGGGACUAAAUGGUAAUUAACCUUCUUGAUUGCACUGUUGCAUAUUUGUAGUUUCCCUUUCUCUGUGAUAUGUAAGUAUGAACAGCAUGUCUUUGUUGCCCUUUCUUUCAGGAAAAAUUUGCCCUGAUGGCUCGGAAAGCAUAUGUGAUGGAAAGCAUGGCCUACCUCACUGCAGGAAUGAUGGACAGGCCAGGGGUCCCAGACUGCUCAGUUGAAGCAGCCAUCGUGAAAGUAAGCUUUACUGGAAUGCUGAGUUAAAGCUAUGGGUAUUAGGGCUCCUUUGGGAGGAAGGGUGGGAUAUAAGCAUUUAUUAAUGUUCAAAGAAAAAUAGGUUACUGAGAUCCUCAGAUUGUGGAAGCCAUGUGGAUGUUCAUAUGCAACCUUUCCCCAUCUUCAUUGUGAGACUGAUCUAGUUAAUUGCAUGGCAGUUCAAUACAAAUUAUAUUAAAUCACUCUUGAAUGGCAUAUCGUUGAAUGGCAGAUCUCUCUGAAGAUAUCUCACUGAAGCAAAAGUGUGAGAUCAGGAAUUUCAAAUGUCCCAGGGGGAGAGGCACUGAUGGAAGUAGAAAGCCACCAAUCAAGAAGGCAAUUCUGUGUGCAUAUGUUCAGUCUCUGGGCUGAUUUCAGUGUCCCUUAUGAGAGGUAUUAUAUGUGCUAAUAGCAAACUUGGUACUUCCAAGUGCUGCUCCUUAUGUAUGCAAAACAGAACCAUCCAUGCAUAGAUGGUACAGGCAGACUAGAGGGAAACCAGAAAAGAUCAUUGAGGGUUGAGCAUUCUCUCUUGACAUGAAAUACCAUUAUGUGUGUGUUGGGGCAGGGUAGUGGUAGAAAGCAGUUGUGGCAGGUGAUAAAACUGAGUGUUCUGGAAAGAAGGCGUGGCUUGCUAGCUGGCACCCUGAACAUUUUGCUGCAGGUCCCUACUCUUUUUAUAUAGCCUCACAAGGGCUCAAAACUGGGUGGUAUAAGGUAUUUACCGUAAUUUUCGCUCCAAAACACACACUUUUUGGCUCCUAGAAAGUAAGGGGAAAUGCCUGUGCGUGUUACGGAGCGAAUGCACUGGACCGGAGCCAUGGCUGCCGUCAGUCAAGCAAACCGGGAGCCGCUUACACGCUCUACAAGGCUCUCGCUUUGCUUGCUUUAAAGCGACCUGGAGCCGGGGAGGAGGGAGGGAAGGAGAGCCAUGGCAGCAAAGCGGGCAGCAGCCGCUUACACAGGAGGAGGGACAGACGCUAGCAAAGGUCCGCGCGCUCUCUAAACGGAGCAAUGAGGCUGCAUAGGGAUGGCAGGGCACAGGAGGGCUUGGAUCGGGAAAGAUAAAAUUUAAGCAACCAGCAGCAAAAAAAACCAAAAAAAAAAACCCAACCUGGAGCUCUGAGCCACGAGUGCAGUGAAAACCAGGAAGUUUUUAAAAAAGGCUGGGGAGGGCACGGGAUGAGGGAGAGGGGAAAACUUCCAAAUCCCCCGCAUCUCAGCUGAUCUGCUGGGAUGGAGCAGCUUGCAGCUUGUUUUCAGGCAGGAUAGAUUUGAGCAUUGUCUGGGUCCUAGUGCCCCUACCUCUUUUUUGUGCUCCAUUCUAUUGCUGCUGGUGGCUGCUUAUCAUUCAAACUGAACCUGAUACCAGUAGCCACGUGUACAAACAAAGUAGAAGGCUGCAAGGAGGAGCGCUUUUACACAGCUAAUGGCAAAUCCCCUGCAAUCCAAGUCCUCCUCACUUGCUCAAAUCUAUUCUGCCUCAAAACAAGGAGCGGAAGGAAAAGGCUGCAAACUGUUAAAUGGAAAAAAACCCAGGCACAGGGCAAAUACCUUAAGUAUACCUUUAAAGCAACAGUGCUCUUUCCCUCCCUCCUCCCCGCUCAGCUCGCCGAAAAGCUCCUUCUCCACACACCCCACGCGUGCUCCUUGUCCCUUGAGUGCUUUUCCUUCCCUCCCCACUUAAAACGUGGUUACAAAGCACGGAUCCACAUGGAUCCUCAGGAUUUUUGCACUGGGUCACCCCAAAUUCACCAUCAGAUCACAUAGCAUGUCCAUGGCUACAGCCUGCACCAAAAAACACACACGCACCCACUGUUUCAUGGGGCCACAAUGGCGCAAAAACGUGGUUACAAAGCAUGGAUCCACAUGGAUCCUCAGGAUUUUUGCAUUGGGCUACCCCAAACUCACUGUCAGAUCACAUGUCUGUGGCCACAGCAUGAACCAUAAAAAUCAUACAUCCACUGUUUCGUUUAGAAUAUUUUUUUCUUGUUUUCCUCCUCUAAAAACUACGUGCGUGUUAUGGUCAGAUGCGUGUUAUAGAGCGAAAAAUACGGUACAUUUUCUUUCAGAGAACUUGGGCUUCAUUUCUUGGUCACGCUACAGUGUGACAGCCAUUGAGGUCGACCAAUGAACUGGCUUUUUAUAUUGCCAAGUUUAGAAAUAAAAUAACAUCAUUUGAUAAUUUCAAUGGUUGUUGGCAGGUGUUUAGUUCGGAAGGCGCAUGGGUUUGUGUGAGUGAAGCUUUACAAAUUCUUGGAGGUCUCGGCUACAUGAAAGAUUUUCCGUAUGAACGCUAUCUCCGGGAUAGCAGGAUACUUCUGAUUUUCGAGGUAAAUAUGAGUUCUUCUAUCAGUUGCAUGCAAUCUCAAACCACUAGUAUAAAACUAGGGACAAGUAGAUGGCAUUCUGAGGGCCAUCUGAGUGGCUUUGAAGCAUUGCCUCAAAUAGUCACAGUUCUUUGCAUCACUACCUUUAUGAUAUGUGGACUGCCUAGUGAUAUAUUUUAGAUAAAUGUGGAAAGGAGGAUAUUCCUAUUCUAUAUGCAUUAAUGUUAGAAGUAACUGUUUUUAAAAUCUGUUUAAUGGCACAUUAUUAUUUUUUAUACUGAUUGCAAUAAAUAGAAUACAGUUGUACCUUGGAAGUCGAAAGGAAUGCAUUCCGGAAGUCCGUUCGACUACCAAAACGUUCGGAAACCAAAGCGCGGCUUCUGAUUGGCUGCAGGAAGCUUCUGCAGCCAAUCGGAAGCCCCGUCGGACGUUCGGGUUCCAAAGAACAGUCACUUCUGGGCUUGCGCCAUUUGGGAGCCAAAGCGUCCGAGUACCAAGGGAUCCAAGGUACGACUGUAGUCCAUUACAUUGGAAAUGUCAGUCUUGGCUGGGUAAAUUUUAUACAUUUGUUGAACUUGUCCUGUAGUAAAGUGCAAAAGUGUUGGACUGAUACUGCAGUACAAACGAAUUGGGGUGCUGCUCUAUGAAGGGGACUGUCAACACAUACCAGAAAUAAUGAACACACAACAGAAAGGAAAUCCCAUUAUUACAUGAUCAUGCAAUAAUCCUGCUUGGAGGCUUCCUGUAGCCAUCUGGUUGGCCACUGAGAACAGGCUCCUGGACUAGGUGGGCUUUUAGUCUGAACCUUCAUGGCUGCUAUGGCAACUGCAGUAUUAUCCACCUUUUUAAAAUGUAAAAUAAAAAUAAGGGGACUUGGCCUAGCAAGUAGAGCGCGUGAGAUUGCUCCAGCUCACUGGCCAUGCAUAGUGUGGCAAUGGAACAAUUGUGUGUGUACUUAUGUGUGAGAUAUAAACCAGUGCUUGCUUUGCCACAGCAGUCGGAGCACGCUAUUUGGCGUUGAUGUGCCUCACAUUUUGAAUUGGCAUGUGUGCAUUUCCCUCCAGUCAUCUAGGCUGACCUGGUCACUUUGAAAACAUUCUGCCUUGCUUGUCAGAACAAAUAUAAGUAAGCCUGCCAAGGGAAAUUUCUGUUUAAAAUGUGUUUGCUUUUUACAGAUUCAUUUAGAUAAGUAGAUAACAGAAUGAAUAGCGUAAAGUUGGGGGUAACCCUCCCACUGUUGUGUGACUGCAGCUCACGUCAACCCCAAGCAGCAUGGUCGGUGGUCAGGGAUUAUGGGAAUUACAGUCCCAACAUGGAGGGCACCAUGUUGGCUACCGCUGGCAUGGAAGAUGAGCACUAUGCCACACCCAACGGCCAGAAGUUGUUGUUUUUCUGCCUCUUGUGGGGCAAAAACAUUUCUCUAUCCACCACUUUCUCCAUGCCAUGAAUGAUUUUAUGAAUUUUGUUCAUGUUACCUCUUAGCUGUUAUCUGAACUAAAAAAUUCCCGUAUGCUACAGACUUUCCUCAAAGGGAAAUUGCUCCAUCCCCUGUAUCAUUUUGGUUGUCUUUUUCAACUAAGGUGGGGUGACUAGAAUUGUACAAAGUAUUCUAAAUGCAGUUGCACCAUAGAUUUGCAUAAUGGCAUUAUGAUGUCGGCAGUUUUAUUUUCAAUUCCUUUCCUGCAGAUCUCUGGAAUGGAAGGUGCCUUUUUCCCAGCUGCUGUGCAGACUGGGCCAAUAUCUUGAUUGAGCUAGCCACUGUGACCCCAGGGUUUCAUUCCUGGGUGGUCACUGCUCAUUCAGAUCCCAUGAGUGUGUUAAGAUUAAGAAAUUGAUAAUUUUUUGCCCUGACUUUGCAUUUGUUUACACUGAAUUGCGUUUGCCGUUUUACCACCUAUUCAGUCAGUUUGGAGAGGAUCUUUUGAAGCUCUUCACUUUGUUGUUUUGUUUUAACUACCCCAAAUUGUUGAGUAUCAUCAGCAAGCUUGGCCAUCUCACUGCUCAUCUCUAACACUUGAUCGUUUAUGAACAAGUGGAAAAGCACAGGUCCCAACACCAAGCCUUGAGGGACUCCACUAAAUUUCAUUUUGUUAGUCUUGACCUGGUUAUCCUUUCUAUCAUGAUGGUUUUGAAUUUUAUCCUUGUCUUCUAAAGUGUUUGUUUUUCUCCCAGUUUGUCACCUGCACAUUUGAUUCCUUCCAGUCCUUUAUCAAAGUUAUUGAUAAAAAUGUUGAAGGGCAUCAGGCCCAGGACAAAACCAUGUGUCCCCCAACUCAAAACCUUCCUCCAGUGGUGGACCUAGAUAUAAGACUAUACUGGUUUACAUAGAAAUAUUUUUCAUUAAAUAAGGUGAAAGAAUGCUCUAAAGUACAUUGAUAAUACAUUCUGAUUUGGAGACGGCUAGCACCUCUGCUCAUUCUCUACUCUCUGCUACAGCAGUAAGGUGAACCUGCAGAUUCUCCUAUUGUUGAUGAUCCACUUUAAAAGGUCAUUUUUUGCCAUUCACUUAUCUAGUUCUGAAUGCCAGUAAGCUCCACUUGCUGCCGAAGAGUGAUCCAUAAAGAAUGGUGUUUAUAAUUAAAACGAAGUAUUCAACAUUCAUGCAUUUAAUUUAGCAUCCCCGGUCAAUGUAUGCAGUGAUUUUAAUUAGCUUGUUGUUUAGCCAUCUGUUCAUUCUGAAAGCUUUAAUUGCUAAGCAGCACCUGCUUACAAGCGCAGCGACUAGUCUUAGUCCAUCAGCAUUUUUUUAUCUUUUAAAAUCAAGCACUUCUAAAAUGUAGGUGCUUUGCUUUCAGCUGUGCAGAUGUCGGAUUUUUCUUUCAGCCUCCAAAGAGAGCGGUGUAACACUUCAGGUUCACUUUUCUGCGUGUAAAUUGCAAUUCGUGAUACGCAUUACUGAGAGAGGAGCCUGUUCUUGAAACUUUUCAAAACUACAGUUUUCAUCUUGUUUGCUAAAUAGUUUGGGCAUUUGUUGUAACUAGUUUGUAAACUUUACUAAGGCCAUUACAUCAGAUGGCAUUUAGCUAAUGUUCAGAAGCUGAAAGGUGUCUUCCCCACCUCAGCUUAAUACUGGUCAGUGUGGCUAGGAAACCUCAAGGACCAGGUGUGGUGCUAUUAAGGCUAUUUCUGUUACUACGUACGAGGUGCAAAGGCUUACAGAAUGUGUGUUGCGGGAGGAGUUUGCAGCGCUGUGCAAGCUAGCCCUAUUCCUGAUGUCUCCAACAUAUACGCACUCUGCUGUUCAUGCACUUGGUGUGCGUGAGAAGUGGCCAUACACACAUACCAGAGCAUGCAGAGAUUUGGGUUCAGUCAGGAACCUUCUUCACAUGAAAGUACUCUGUGUGUACAUUGGCAUUGGUGUAGAGCCCUUUAUUGGGUGUCCAAGGUGGAAACCUUUCCAGCCCUAUGUUCCUCCUGUAGUCCUUAACAUUUUGGGGCUGGUGGAUGAUGACUUUAUUAAAGCUUUCAGGUGAAUUAAUAGUGCAGCUAUAGAGAUAUUCCUAGAAUUUUAUAAUGACAAUGGAAUUUUCAUUCUUGAAGAUAAAAUAAAUAUGCCUCCACCUUAAGCUUUGAUAGGAAACUUAACACUUGCAUAUAGAAAAAAAGAAAGGUAUCUGUCUGGCCAAUCCAUGUUUAAGUAGCCUAAAGUAAUCUUUUUUUCUGUUUCAGGGAACAAAUGAAGUUCUGCGAAUGUAUAUUGCUUUGACAGGCAUGCAGUAUGCCGGCAAGAUCUUAACUGAGAAAAUAAAGUAUGUGCUUUUUUGGAAAUAGCCAUUUUUGAUAAAUGAUUACUGAAUACAGAUUGAAAAGUUGUAAAGGGGAACAGCAUAGAAAGGGGGUAGCAAGAUGAAAUUUUCUUGAAAGUUUCAACAUGAGCAGAAAUAAGGCAUUUCUUUCUUUAAAAUGCUGAUACAGUGGUAGUUCAGGUUAAGUACUUAAUUCGUUCCGGAGGUCCGUUCUUAACCUGAAACUGUUCUUAACCUGAAGCACCACUUUAGCUAAUGGGGCCUCCUGCUGCCACCGCACCACCGGAGCACGAUUUCUGUUCUCAUCCUGAAGCAAAGUUCUUAACCCGAGGUAUUAUUUCUGGGUUAGCGGAGUCUGUAACCUGAAGCGUAUGUAACCCGAGGUAACACUGUAUAUUGUGUAGAUCUUAACUGUGCUUUUAAAAACCAAAACACUGAGGUUAUUUUAGUAUGUUCUCAUCUCUCAUUUACUAUGUGGUGAUGAUACCUACUUAAACUUUAUUAAACACUUCCGAAUUGGUGUUUGGUCAAUUAAUCACUGCUGCUCUGUGAACUCCAUUCAUUUCAAUGGGGGGGGGAGUAUGCAAGCUACAUUUAAAAUCAAGGCAAGUUAAUUAUUCUGCAGUCUUUCAGGUUGUUGGCAUACUUUGAGGCUAUCACUAAUCACAUCAUUGGUAGCUGUUAAUGUAGCUCUUUCCACUCCCUGUAGUAACACAGCAUCAGAAAAUUACAAAGAAAAAAAGCAUAAUUUUUAGGGGGGAAAUAUUUAGAAGUUCAGCUACUGUCUCUGGGGUGGAUGGGGAGUUGACUUGUUGGGGAAUUAAGUGAUAUUGGAUAAAUGGCCUAGUACUAAGGCAGCCUAUGUAUCUAAUCUCACAGGGAAAUCAAGAAAGGAAACGUAGGUAUGGCAUUGAAUGUGUUUGUGAACAAGUUCCGUGACAGCAUGGGCCGAACAGUAGACUUAGGAUUAGUUGGUCAAGAUGGAGUGGUGCAUCCUAGUCUAGAGGUAAGUACUCAGUGCAGAUGCUGUAACACUUUCAGCCAUGCUUGGAAGAUUUGCUUGUGUUGCAUUAUAAAAGUGGGGUUUCUUUAGGCUUCUUGGUUCUGGUCCAGUGUCAAAUCUUUUCCGUGUAGAAACAUAGGAAAAAACCUUGUACGAUGUUGGACUACUGAUCCAUUGAGCUCAGUACAGAGUAUGUUGACUGGUUCUGUAGGGUUUCACACAGCACUCUUUACCAGCUGUACAUGCACGUGCAGAAAGCUGAACCUGGAAUCUUCUGCAUGAAAAGCGUGUGGACUACCAAAGAGUUAUGACUCAUCACACACAACUGCUCUCAGAAAUGCUAGUGUGAGCUGCGCUGUAUUGCUCACAAUACUGCAUUUGUGUGGGAUUGUAUACCUACACCUAUAAAAGGGAGAAAUUUUACACUGCGGUCCUUUUUUGAGUUUUAUUCAUGUAGCCCAAAUAACUGCUUAAACUUUGAAAGUAUCAGUAUUCACUGUAUUCAAAACAAAACUUUUUGGAUUUCAUGGUUUAAGGAAAACCUGAAGCAAGCCCUGUAAGAACCCAAGUGGAAUGCCAUUUAGGUUGCUCUGUUAAACUGUACCUUGCAAUGCCCGUUGCCUCGGUCACGCUUGCUUCUGACGCAGUAUGCACUAAUCCUUAUUAUGCAAACUAUAAUCUGUAACGGCAUGGGACUUAGUAUGGAAAACAAUUUGGAUCUUUCAAAUGCUGUGAUUGGGAAAGGGUACAAGGGGAAGUAUCCAAUGUUGUAUAGGUGGACUUUCCCUUGGAUACGGCUCAAGGGUUACAGAAAUUAGGGCUGAACUGGCUGCAGUUCUAAAGCUGAUAAUGCACAUGUGAAAUGCUUGCCUUGCCAACUCUCCCAGUUGUUGAACCUGUAUGUACAAGUGUGUGUACAUGCAUCUUCAGUGCCAGUUAAAUAAUAUGAGGAACUGUCUCUUGGAAAAGGCUUUGACACUUUGCGUUCGUCUUCCUUCCAAAGAAUGCCAAAUUCAUUAUCUAACGCCUAUUUUUGUUUGUGUUCUCUACUUUUUUCUCUUUUAGAAAAUCACCAUAAAGCACAGUGUGGGCAUUUUUGUUUUGUUCAGUCUCCCUGAAUUAGUUCAGUCAUGGUGCUAAUUCAUUAAACCUGUAUCAGGUGGAAUCUGAAUAUUUAGGACUGAACUUGACUGCCCAUCUACUUUGUGAAUUCUAGUAUAUAAUGUAAUCUGGGAUAAAUUACCAAGUCAUUUGUUGGACUCGGCAACUGGGAGCUCCAAAGUGAAACCCAGUUCCUCAAGGACUACCAGCUGGCUCCACAGUUGCAACACAUUUAAAGACUUUGUGUGCAUAUAUUAUUUAUACAUAGAGGGAGAGAUUAAUGAAUUGUUUGUGCAGAAUUGACAAGUCUAAACCUGUAGUGCCCUAAAUAUAUAUUUUUUCAUUGCAGGAAAGUGCCAAGAAACUUGAACAAAAUAUAUAUUAUUUUGGUGUUGCUGUAGAAGGCUUGUUGAGAAGAUUUGGCAAGGUAGCUAGAACUUUCUAAUGGAUUCUCUGCCCUUCCUUCCUUCCUUAGAGCCUAAUCAAAGUGAGUGUUUGAAACCAAACUCAUUUCUAGCCUAGAAAUUUUUUUCAAGAUGUAUACUGAGGAGCUGUCAGGGAAGAUAAAUAUUUAAAGAUCAUGUAGAAGCAGAUGAAAUGCACUGUGAGUAUCUUUUCUUCCCCCAGCAACCUGAAAGACACUCUGCAGGUUCUGAGUCUGUCUAAAUAAAAAGACACAGUCAAAUGCUUUGAUUUAGUACAGAGCUUUCCAAACUUUUCAUCUUGGUGACACACUUUUUAGACAUGCAUCAUUUUGUGACACAGUAAUUCAGUUUUACUAGCACACCAGGUUAAACCAACCCCUUUCCAGCCCCUGGAGGAGCAUGGGGAGUGUUCACGCAAGUCGUGACACACGAGUUUGGAAAACUGUUUUAGUACAUGUGUGAAUACUGCCAACUAAGGGCAGCUGUCUUCAUCUGUUGAAACAUGUUUUAGAUUGAUCAGGCAGUUCAGGAUAAAUCACUAAACUAUUUGUGUGUUCUUUGUUUGGCAUUAGACUAUUGUGGAUGAGCAGAUGGUUCUCAAAAGGGUAGCAGACAUCCUCAUCAAUCUCUAUGCAAUGACAGCAGUUCUUUCCAGAGCUAGCCGAUCAAUCAGUAUUGGUUUGCGCAAUCAUGAUCAUGAGGUGAGUACCUAGAGGUUUUAUGCAAUUUUAAUUAAUGUUGUAAUCAUGAAUUAAAAUCAGUAUUAAGCAGACUGGUCAAGAAAGGGGGAAAACAGAAUUGCUUUUGAGAGUAUUAUGAUACUUUUGGAUUCUGACAAGGGAUAUUUGGACUUGCAAUUAUAUAGUUUCUUAUGUAUGAAAAUGUAUUUUGUGUCAAAAGGAACCUGGAAAACACUCACCAGAUUAUUUCUAUUCUUGUGCUCCGGGGGGGGGGGGGGAUUUGACAUAGUAAAUACAUGGUGAUGCCAUUGGCUUUUUAGAAACCAUUAGAUGUAUUCAUGAUGAAAUGUCCAUUUUCAAAGCUAUUGGGUACAUCCACUGUGUUGUGUCAAAGGGUGAGGACAAAUAAGGCAGGUUUUACUAGCAUGCCCUGUUUCCAAGUGUUCUGGGUGCUAGAGCUAAGCAAUGUCAGCUUUUCAACUUUGCAAUGUAUCACCAGCCAAACAUGGUGAUGGGGUGGGGAUGGGGGGUGGCAACAGACCAUUAGGAGAGGGGAGAAGGAUGAAUGCCACCUCCCUGCUUUGCAUCGCUCGCUAGCCUCUCCAGCGCCACAGUCCUUUCCUUUCAGGGCAGCUGAUUUCCCCUCUUGACUCCUGUCUGAUUUUAAGCACCCUUCACCCAUCCACCCAGUCUCAAGGCUGGGGCCACCUGUUCCUGCCACCAGGCUUGGAGGUGGUUUCACUUGCAGUAUACUGCCGGUUGAAGCUGCCAUUUCACCCUGGCCCUCAUCAGUACAUCGCCCAAGCCUACUGGGUGCAGCAGGAGAUAGAAUGUUGUUAGCCUUCUAGUCUGAACCACCCUGCCAAUGUAGUACCUAGGCACACGCUGUAAACUGCUGGGCCAUGUGUAUUGCAACAUAUUUCACAACAGCCAGGUAUCUAUAGUAUAAAGCUGUUUAUGCUACAACUGUAAAAUGUUAAAGGAGGUUCUUUAGAAAGUGUGCAAUCAUGAUCAGGUUCCAGCUAUUCUGGUGCCAAUGGUAGAAAAGUCCCUUUUGUUAAACUUCAGCCAUUCAGCUCUGGGGCAGCCGUUACUGUGAAAAAACAGAGGGAGGAGAAAGGAUUAUUAACUUCUACUUAAAGUCUUUUGCUGAGUAAGUAUGUAGAACAGUAGCUGGGUGGUUUUUAUUUCCAUGAAUUUAUAACACUGAAAUAAACGAUAGUACAUGGAGUUGAAUUCCAGUGGUCUAUUUUAAAGACAGGCCUAUUUUCCAAUUUGCUAAUGAUUUAACUGACUUCCUAGGUGCUGCUUGCAAACAUUUUCUGCACUGAAGCUGGCUUCCAGAAUAAUUAUGCUCUGGCAGAAUUAGAAAAAAGUAAGUGUUGCACUCGAGUCAAAUGUUAACAUCUUAUAUUGCCCGCCUUGAUACCAAAUAAAAACUUGCUUUAGCAAAGGCACAGGAAACCCAGUCAGUUCUCCUGCCACAGUUUGUUCAUAGGCUACACCUUCAGUUUGUGCUAAGAAUCUAGAUGCCAAGGCAAGCCUCGAUAGUCCCAUGGUUUGCUUGUUCCUAUAAUUAGUGAUAAUGUGGCAGAUGCUCCUAGCAGCUCAACAGCUUGUGUUUAGUGUCUUGGAUCUGAAAAAGUCUGUUGCUCUCAUUUAGAUGGGACGCUAAAGGAAUUGUUACUUCCGUUUCCAUUAUUCCUAGAUGCUCCUGAAAACAUGGAUGACAGCAUUAAAAAAGUGGCAAAGCAGGUGCUGGAAAAGAGAGCAUAUAUCUGUUCCCAUCCACUGGAAAGAACAUUUUGAAAGUUGGGAAAUGGUGACCGACCUGCUGUGGAGCAAGAUGCUCUGCGGUGCAAGUGAACUUUGGGGCAGACUGUGCGACUGGCAACCUGCUAACAAACCAUAUUAUUUUCUUCAACGGAUGUGUUGUUUUUAUAAAAUAAAACCUCUUUGAUUUUAUGUACCUGAAUGCACGUGAAAAUCCCAAGACAAAAUCCAGGCAUAUGGCUUAAGGAGAAGUGCACAAUCAACCUACUUUCUAGUCUUAUAUUUCAUUUUAGAAACCCUAUGCUGCAUAAUACUUGCUAUAAUGCCCUUUAUCCAGGUAGAGAUAAAUGAAAAUGAGGCUGCAAUAGCAAAAAGAGGUUUCUACCCCUAACUAGGGGCCUCUCUGCUUCCCUACACUUAAAAGAUUCAGUAGAGAGCCCUGCCACUUGUGCCAGGGUAGCCAGUUGAAGUGCCCACAAACAGUUUGCACCCAUCAUUUGGGUGCUUCUCACAAGCAGAGGGACACCUUAGCACAGCAGAUUGGACCUACAGCGUAAAUUUUGCUGUGGUAAGCCAAGCAUAGAAAUAGCUCUGGAGGAACUGAAAACGCAGAAUAAGAACUUGCACUGCCUCAUUACGAGUAAUCUUUCCCCCCUAGAUUACUUUGAAAGGCAAUGCUUUGCUUCAAACAACUGACUUCAGUCUCACCAGACAGAUCAAUUCUUUUGAUUCCCAUAGCAAUAUUUCCAAGUGCUAAAGUUUAAUGCUAUCUAUGUACCCUAGCUCUUCUUCAAAUUAACUUCAGCGUUGCACACAGAAAAGCAGAGUGACUAUCACUCCUUAGCAAGACACAGGAAAAAGAUCACUGGUUUGUGUACCACACUGUAAUCAGUGCUUAAUUCCCCUCAUUACCUGCAGCCUGUGUAUCCUCUGCUAUUUGGAUUUCUUCCUUAAAGACCAAUUUCUGCAGAGGCGGCCCCCUGUACCGAAAUGAACGCUUACGACAAAUCAAUCUGCAAAACAGAAUAGACUUUUUAAAAUGGGUGAAAAUUUAUGCUUUAGAGUAGCUACAUUGCUGUGCUUUCAUAUUUAUGUGCUAAGUUUUUAUUUAAACAUUCACGGUACAAAAUAUGCAUAAAAUCAUGGCCUGACCCUACUGAAAGAGAAAUGUCAAGCUUUGCACUGUAACAGAUUAAAGCUCACUCUCCUACUCUUCC